GUGGGUGCGAGCUAGCUAGGAGGUGUUUACAGCUGCUGUCAUGGUUCGUACGCUAAACUGCAUCGCCGCUGUUUCCCAGAACAUGGGCAUCGGCAAGAACGGGGACCUACCCUGGCCCCCGCUCAGGAACGAAUUCAAGUUUUUCCAAAGAAUGACCACAACCUCCUCAGUAGAAGGUAAACAGAACUUGGUGAUUAUGGGUAGAAAGACAUGGUUCUCUAUUCCUGAGAAGAAUCGACCUUUAAAGGAUAGAAUUAAUUUAGUUCUCAGCAGAGACCUCAAGGAACCUCCACAGGGAGCUCAUUUUCUUGCCAAAAGUUUGGAUGAUGCCUUAAAACUUAUUGAGCAACCAGAAUUAGCAAAUAAAGUGGACAUGGUUUGGAUAGUGGGAGGCAGUUCUGUUUAUAAGGAAGCCAUGAACAAACCAGGCCAUCUUAGACUAUUUGUGACAAGGAUUAUGCAGGAAUUUGAAAGUGACACAUUUUUUCCAGAAAUUGAUUUGGAGAAAUAUAAACUUCUGCCAGAAUACCCAGGUGUUCUUUCUGAUGUCCAGGAGGAAAAAGGCAUUAAGUACAAAUUUGAAGUUUAUGAGAAGAACGAUUAAUGUGAAGGUGUUUUCUGGUUUAUUUCAAGUUAGUUGUUCCCCCUCCCCUCCAAACAAUUAUAGAUUUUAAUAUUAGAAAAAAAAAGACUUUUGUUGACUUUAGGUCAAUGGAUAAUUACUCUAAGCAAUGAAAUUUUAUUAAUCUUACUUAGGCUAUAGUUAAGACUAAUCUUAACUAGACCAUAUCAGAUACCAUUUGUGAAACAUUUCUGGCUAUAACUGUAUGUUGCCCAUCAAGGACCAGCACCUUCCUAGGGUAGCAUAUCUACCAAGAGCCUAAGUGAGACAAUCCCCUGAUAGCAUAAGUUGAAACCAGGACUUAGAAAGAUAGGACUAGACAGAUUGUCCAAAGGUCAGAAAUGGAUUAUAAAUAGAAGAGCUAGAACUCAGAUAUUAAAAGAAAAUUAGAUCAAAAUAGGAACUUUGAGUUCUCUAUGCAUAUCACACUUCUGAAAAAAGUUCUGUUCACUCAGAGAAUCUGUAAGUUGAGAACUCUAGUAUAUUCCAUAGGCCUAAUAAAGAGGCAGGUAGGAUACUACCUUUCUAAAGGUUAAAAGAGAAGGUCUGAGACCUCUAAAAACUCUGCAAUCUUCAGUGAGAUUCCAUGGGAUGUUACAAUGAUAGAAGAACAAGAAGCUGGCCUAUAUAAAAAGAGAUUUAAUAACAAGUAUAUGGCUAGAACUAGAAAUUAAAAAGAUAAUGAAUUGAAAAUGGAUAAAGCUAGAAACCAAAAUUACAGAGAUGGAAAUUAAAUUAAACUUCACUGAAUUAAAAAAUGAAAAUUAAAACACAUUUUACCUGUCAUGUUAGCAAAGAUGUGGAUUGUUAAGUAUCCAAAGAAAUAGCAUUUUAUGCCUUGUAAAUUAAUCCAACCUUUUAGAAUUUAAGUAGCAAUAUCAAUUAAAAUUCAAAAUAUUCUGUGUUUGGGCCCAGAGCUUCCACUUCCGGAAAUUAAUCCUGAAUAAAGAGAUGGACCCAAGAAUAUUUGUUGCACCACUUUUUUAAAACUUGGAAAUAGCCCAAAUAACAAUAAAGAAGUAACUAACCAGUAUGGCUACAAAAUUUAAUAUUGUCUGUAGCAGUUAAAAGCAAUGAGGUGCUGACAGGAAAAUGCC